GGGUACCCAACCCCCCUCAAUCUAGCAGUUUUAUUGUCAUUGUGGUAGAUCUGUCCCCCUGACAGCACUUUUUUUCGGGACGCGCCAACAAUGUCCAAAAUGCAGUCUAUAUCUGGCAGCUCUCGCUAGGCUCCGAGGCUGAGCCCGGCUGUGGUUUGUAGUCGGCUAUAAUGUUACAGGAGAAACAUCUGUUGCUGUAUCCUCGCCAUAGUUUGUGAGGUUCCCGUCCGCCGCUAGGGUUUGCUACAGUGAUUUCCUCAGCCCUCCUGCCCUCCUGCAGCCAGAGAAGCGCUCAGGAGAACCAUCCAGCAGCCGUGUUCAGACACGAACAUGCACACUAGCCGGCUAGGAAAGUUUCACAGCAGCUCAUUGACAAUAGCGCACUGAGCGAAUGUCUGGAGACGCGCGGUUGCGCAGGAAAACGCAAAAGCAUGACGGCCAAGAGAACCGCUUUCCAGCCGCUGUCCAACUCCCGCAUCCCGGCGGAGAGGAAGGGAGCGGCUGAGCGCCUUCAUAACCCCGAGCGCUGUGCCUCUUCCCCGCAGGAGCCGGAGAAACCAGCGGCGUCCGCCUCAGGGCUCCCCGUCUUGGGGGCUGUCGGGGUCUCCGGGCCGGUGGUGGACGAGUCAUCCGACAGCGAGGGAGAGCAGGAAGGGCCGCAGAAACUCAUCAGGAAAGUGUCAACCUCCGGGCAAAUACGAAGCAAGGCGAGCGUGAAGGAAGGGCUGCUUCUGAAACAGACAAGCUCGUUCCAGCGUUGGAAAAAGCGUUAUUUCAAAUUGCGGGGACGGACGCUCUACUAUGCCAAGGAUGCCAAGUCUCUUAUUUUCGAUGAGGUGGAUCUUUCAGAUGCCAGUGUUGCCGAAUCAAGCACAAAGAAUGUCAACAACAGUUUCACGGUAAUUACACCGUUCCGAAGGCUUAUCCUGUGCGCCGAGAACAGGAAAGAAAUGGAGGACUGGAUCAGCUCGCUGAAAUCAGUUCAAUCCAGAGAGCAUUACGAGACGGCACAGUUUAAUGUGGAACAUUUCUCAGGGAUGCACAACUGGUAUGCCUGCUCCCACGCUCGCCCUACCUUCUGUAACGUCUGUCGGGACAGCCUCUCAGGGGUCACUUCUCAUGGCCUCUCUUGUGAAGUGUGUAAAUUCAAGGCCCACAAAAGAUGCGCAGUCAGGGCCACCAACAACUGCAAAUGGACAACGUUGGCCUCUAUCGGCAAGGACAUCAUUGAGGACGAGGAUGGGAUUGCGAUGCCACACCAAUGGCUGGAAGGCAACCUGCCUGUCAGUGCUAAGUGUGCCGUUUGCGACAAAACCUGUGGCAGCGUGCUGCGCUUGCAGGACUGGCGCUGUUUAUGGUGCAAGGCCAUGGUGCACACGGCAUGCAUGGAUCUCUACCCCCGCAAAUGUCCCCUCGGCCAGUGCAAAGUGUCCAUCAUCCCCCCUACCGCACUCAACAGCAUCGACUCAGACGGUUUCUGGAAGGCCACCUGUCCCCCCUCAUGCGCUAGUCCACUCCUCGUGUUUGUCAACUCAAAAAGCGGAGACAACCAAGGGGUAAAAUUCCUGCGUCGCUUCAAACAGCUGCUCAAUCCCGCUCAGGUCUUUGACCUGGUCAACGGUGGACCUCAUUUAGGUCUUCGCUUGUUCCAAAAGUUCGAUAACUUCCGAAUCCUGGUGUGCGGUGGAGAUGGAAGCGUCGGUUGGGUCCUGUCUGAAAUCGAUAAACUAAAUCUUCACAAACAGUGCCAGCUGGGCGUUCUGCCGCUGGGCACCGGGAAUGACCUGGCGCGGGUGCUCGGCUGGGGGCCGUCGUGUGACGAUGACACUCAACUCCCUCAGAUACUGGAGAAGCUGGAGCGAGCCAGCACCAAGAUGCUGGACAGGUGGAGUAUAAUGACGUAUGAGAUUAAAAUACCUCCCAAACACAGCUGCCCCGCCACACCUGAGGAGGCAGAGGACAGCCAGACAACACAUCUUUCAGCUGUAGUGAUUAUACGCAAUCAAGCAUUUCCUCUGGUCUCCUCCAGGGUGUUGUGUGAGACGGUGAAGGAAUUUGUGGCCAAAGUUGGGAAGUGUUAUGAGAGAAGCAGUGAGAGUACGGAGGAAGCUGAUGUACUUGCCCUCAAAAGUGCGAUUCUGAACGAGAAGCUGGACUCCCUCCUGCAGACGCUCAAUUUGGAGGCGCAGGCCAUGACGCCCUCAGCCCUCACCACGCCACCCAUCGUGGAGGAGGAGGUGGAGGAGGAGGAGCUGGAGGAAGAGGAGGAUCUGAGUGAAGAGUCUUUAACGGAGCUGAAGGAGAAUGAGACUGAGAAAGGCUCUGCCCAUAAGCUCUUCAGACCCCGCGAGCAGCUCGUGCUCAGAGCCAACAGCCUGAAGAAAGCGCUCAGACAGAUCAUCGAGCAGGCGGAGAGAAUGGUGGACGAGCAGAACACUCACACGGAGGAGCAGGAGCUGCAGUCUCCCACAGACUUCAAGAAGGACAGUGAGGAGGAAAGCAGAGACAACGAGAAGGACGAGGACACUAAAGAACUGGAAGCCUUGCCCUUGACUAAGUCGCUGUGUUCGCCGCCAGAGAGGCGUGUGAGUCGCAGCACGCAGUCCUGCGGCUCCUUUUCCAUCACGCCCUUCACCACAAGCAAGGAGAACCUGCCUGUUCUCAACACGCGCAUCAUCUGUCCCGGUCUGCGGGCAGGUCUUGCUGCCUCUAUAGCUGGAAGCUCCAUAAUCAGCAAGAUGCUGCUUGCCAACAUUGAUCCCUUUGGUGCAACACCCUUCAUAGAUCCUGACCUGGACUCUCUAGAGGGCUAUUUGGAGAAGUGUGUGAUGAAUAACUACUUUGGGAUUGGGUUGGAUGCAAAGAUCUCACUGGAGUUCAACAACAAGCGAGAGGAGCACCCAGAGAAAUGCAGAAGUCGCACUAAAAACAUGAUGUGGUAUGGAGUUCUGGGGACGAAAGAGCUUCUGCAGCGGACCUACAAGAACUUGGAGCAGAAAGUUCAGCUGGAGUGUGACGGCCAGUACAUCCCACUCCCCAGUCUCCAGGGAAUCGCUGUGCUGAACAUCCCCAGCUACGCCGGGGGAACCAACUUCUGGGGCGGCACCAAAGAGGAUGACGCAUUUGAAAACACGCUUAAGUCUUGGGAGGAUAAACUGAAAUACGACAAGCCUCCGCUGAGGCCGCCCCUGUAUUCUCAGCACUCUGUGGAUCUGGCCACAGAGGAGGAGGCCACGCUCAUCCAGAUGUGCGCUCGAGCCGCAGAGGAUCUCAUCACCAGGAUCUGCGAGGCUGCCAAAAACUACCAACUCCUCGAGCAGGAGCUGGCCCACGCCGUCAACGCCUCCUCACACGCCAUCAACAAAACACACCCCAAGUUCCCCGAGAGCCUGACAAGAAACACUGCCAUUGAGGUGGGCAGCACCGUGAAGGCCCUGCACAAUGAGACCGAGUUGCUGCUAGUAGGACGAGUUCCAUUGCAACUGGACCCUCCGCAUGAAGAGCUGCUGUCCAGUGCCCUGCAGAGCGUUGAGGUUGAACUGGGAAAGCUGGCUGAGAUCCCCUGGCUCUACCACAUCUUACAGCCCAAUGACGAGGAGGAUAACUCCCUCGAGUACGGAAAAAGAAACAGUCGGAGUGGCAUGUUUCGCAUAGUGCCAAAGUUCAAGAAAGAGAAAGCUCCGAAGAAAUCCAGCCCACAGUCAGUUCAGAGGUGGGGCACUGAGGAGGUGGCCGCCUGGCUGGAGCAGCUCAGCUUGGGAGAAUACAAAGAGACCUUCAUCCGCCACGACAUCCGCGGCUCCGAGCUCCUGCACCUGGAGAGGAGAGACCUCAAGGAUCUGGGGAUCUCGAAGGUGGGUCAUAUGAAGAGAAUUCUCCAGGGAACUAAGGACUUGGCCAAGAGUUCGAUGGUGGACCUGUGAGAGACGUCAACACACAUUCCGUUCGUGAGCGAAGAGGAGUUGAAGCGGGAGCUCCGGCGUGGGAAGUGCUUGGGUGUUGUGGAUCUUUGUAGGAAUAGCUUGUAGGAAAGCUAGGAAUGUUUGUUUUGGUGCCAAAACGACAAGGAUUUUGUCAGAGACUUUUAGCCCCAUAGAAAAGCCAUUCCUCACUUAUCCCAUCGACGGCACAAUCAGGUAUGCAAUUCUCAUCGCGCACGCGACCUCUGGCCUCUUUAAACAGAUUCCAAAUCAAGUAGCAGAACAGGACUUCCAAACCGAGAGGAGAGGAGCACACGGCCUCUGAGUAGCUCACUGGCUCUUUGCCUUGCGGUAGAUGGCAACAAUAGCAGGGCGAUGUGAUGUGUCAGCAAUAUUCUGCACUGUUUACAUUUUAAGGAGAUGGGAAAAAGUCUGCUGGUGUAUCGCAAUCAAACGGCAACCAUCGCAGUGCGGCGGUGCAGUCCAGGAAAGGUCAAAAGGGGUUUCCUUCGCCAGUGACAUACUGAUGCAUGGUAUGCUUGCUAUAUUUGGAUAGCUGUUUUACUGCAUGAUCUGCGUCUUGUUUUUUAUUGUACAAACUAACACUUGAACAAGUUUUAUAUGAAUUUAGUAUGAUGCCAUUUGUUACUACUGAAGCAUCCCUUUGGUCAAAGUAGACUGCUGAUUUAUUUCUAUUUAUCUGUCUGCAUGGAAACCUUGUGUCAAAGCAGUGUCAUGUGCCAUAUUUAUUGUCAUAUGAGCUUUAUUGGUAAGAAAUGUUUUAAUCUUGCAGUAGGACGUUAGGUAAGUCGGUGAAAUAAGUACCAAAGAGAAUGUCCCCUGGUUUUUAAAGCGAAAAGAACAUUUCAAAAGUUUAAUCCCCCCCCCCCAAAUGUUUGAAAUAUUCAUCGAAAAUGGUCAAAUCUGAAGUGGUUCGGAAAAACAUGAACACCGCGACUCUUUGUAGCUUAAAGCAUAUUAUUAUACAUUAGUUGAAAUAAGACUUUUGAAUAAGAAAUUGCAGUUGACCUGCAACUUUACAUAGUUGAUAUUUACUGAGUUCAGGAACCCAGUGCAAGUUUGAUAGGAUCAUCUACAUUUGGUUGGUGGCAUUACAGGGUAUAAGAGAUUGUUUGUUAAUAUAUGCACUGUAUAUUAAGUCUAAACUGUUAACUCCAGUUAUGAGUAAAGCCUUUGUAUAAUAGAACGCUUACAUGAUAUUAUCAGAUGACACAUUUAUUUGUGUAUAGAGCACCAUAACACCUUUGUGAAUUAUUCGGUUAAGUAAUCGCCUUUACACGUUAAGUGCUGUUGUACUCUAUGGAAGGUGCAAUAUUGUAUUUCUUUUUGAUACAUUUCUUCUCUACAAAGCUUUAUUAUGUGAGCUUUUUCCAUGGAAAACUAAAAAGAUAAACUUCACACACUCCUCUUUUUUUCGGUUUUGGAUUAAGGUGGACUUUGGGUCAGACAAAAUCAUGCCAUGUUCUCUCCAAAAUUCAUAAAUCUUCCAUGAGCAAAUUGUUGAUCCUGUCUAACCGUGCUUCCAGGAUAAUUUGCUAGACGGCUGGAUGUUUCCUCAUACCGACUAUAAAACUGUUGUGCCUCUAUUUUUUCCGCAAAAUGGAAAAUUUCGAGCUCGGAGCUACACGUAGUUCUACAUAAGCCAACCCGACCAACAGCGCACACGGGACUCAUAACAGUGGAUUUUAGGUUUAUGUUAUAUUAUAACGUUCCUCUAGAGGGUGUUCGAUAACAUCAAAGUAGCACUUGAUAUAUAUACAGAGCGAAAGUGAGUAGUGUCGGAAAAGAUGUGGUGUUCCCAACCAAGAAAUCCAAUUCUACCCACAAUUUACCUGAAGUGAGAAUUCAAACAAAUAUGGAGGAUGAGAACAGACCUGGAGGAUGGGGUUUGGUCUGUUGGGUGGAACCGAAUAGUUUUUAAAAAGAAAAAUACACAUUUGAAGAGUUCAUUGAGAGUUUGGCAUUAUUAUGAAACGAUGGGAUUAAAAACAAGACUGAAUUCACGACAGCGUUCAUUUAUCAUUAAUAGAUUAUAUUAGUGGUUCUCAACUGGUUUUGCUCCAGGAUCUGGAUUUUGCGAUCAACAUCUCAUGGCGCCAAACAAGGAAAUGUCCUUAAAAGUCAUUAAUAUUACCAUGAACUGACAAUUUUGUGAAUGCGCAAAUAGUAAAAGUGUGAUUUACACUUUUUAUAGCUUGUGUGUUUGUUUUCUAAAUGUCAGUGAUGGUUUUAUGCUCUCGGCAGCCAAUAAUUCACCACACAAAACACAUUGUGGUCUGCACAAACCAUGUUUAUUCUUGUUGUAAGUGAACCCGUAUUUAAUGUAGUUUGGCCUUGUCCAUAUUGGCAUCUGUGCAAUACAUCUAGCUUCCACCAAAUGAAAGACAAACUUAAUGCCGUCCAGUUUGAUUGGGGGUGCAUAAUGCUGGAUGUACAAAAUGAAAAACGAGGAAAACAGUUUCUCCUGUCUUUUAAAAGUUGAUAAGCCUAUUUAUAACUAGACACAACUAUACAGUUAAUUGCAUUCUAGCUGCUGAGAACCACUGGCGUGUCCAUGAUAAAGGCACAACAGUGCAGCCUGCAUUUUUCAGAAAUCCAUGUCAUUUGUCCGUUGCGGUUUAAUUGGCAACUUAAUGUCUCUCACUUCCCGUCUUUUCUCAGUAGUGAGCACCUACUGAGGUUUCAGCGUCUGCCUGUAGGCAUUUCAGGUUGGCUGUUUAAUGGCAGGCCCAUGUGAAAUCUGCGCCAGCAGAACUCCGCAAAACCUCAAGUUUUACACAUUCCCUUUCACUUGCGUAUUCGUUUAGGAAAUAUUUGGGCCUUUCAACUACCACUCAGUCUCUGUAUAACACAUUAUUCCUUUUUAAAAUCCAUUCACAGACAUUUUCUCCAAAAUCACCUGAGCUUAAUAAUAGGCAAGAGAACAAAACUAAUCUGAUAAACAUUUGAUCUGACAAUCAAAUGGUGCAUUUAUAGCAACUGUUUGCAGUUAUAUAAUAUCGAAACCUAUGUGCACAUACAGUACCUCCACGCAUUCUGAAAAACGACUGAAUGUAGGCCUACUGAUAUGCUUUUCAGAUAUGCAUUUCUGAGUGCAUUACAAAAGGUAAUUUCCCCAACUAGCUUAACUCAUGACCAAAGACACAAGAAUGCUACAAAGCUCCCCGAAGCCUGGUUUAAUUGGCCAUACAUGAUCUCUGUUUGACAGGUGUAGCAGAUCGACCUUGUAUAUGGUGCCUCUGUAUAGUUCAUUUGUUCACAACAGACUCAAAUCACACAAGUGCAGUCUUCCUCUCAUGCCACACUGAAUACAUGUGCACAUGAUCACAUGAACCUCAGUUCAGUUCUCAAGCCACCACUGAGUGUUUUUCAUUGGAUUGUGAGUGACAGUGGGAUUCGGCUUAUCGAUGAUGGCGAACGUAAAGCUGUAAACUAACUGGUAUUUCAAAAACAAAUUCAUUUGGGGAAUUUGUAGAGCAAGGCAACAUAUCUUUGACAUGAUUUAUAUCCAGUUAAGAGAAGUGCGAUGUGAGUUUCAUUUGUUUACAUUGUGUUUACAAUGGCACAGUUUCAUUUUUAAGACUACAUGUAUAGGUAUAUUUACAAUACUUGCAUAUUUAUUAAGGUUAAACAACUGACGUGUAUGUGUUUUCACUAUUGGGAUAUAAUGUUACGGUAGUCACUUGUAUUGAUAUCUGGAUGAUUUUGGUAAGUAGUAGCCUAGGUAAUUUUUAUGACUACUAAGUGACUGUUUUCUGUGCCUUUUUAUCGUAGAUGCAUGGUUAACUAUUUAUUACAAUAUGAAGGUCACUGAGAUGUGUAUUUUUGUAUCCUGAUUAAAUAAGUGUUUCGAUUUUGAUGUACAUUUUGAGGUGGUAAAACGCUGCCAGUUGAUAUCUUCCUUCUUCAAUAAAAUUGAAUGCAUA